AUGGACGCUGUGAACAUGAGCGUGGGCAACAAGGUGGGGGGUUACCUGGUGGAUCUGGGGGGCAGCUUCACUGAGGAUGCCCCUAGACCCCCGGUCCCUGGGGAGGAGGGAGAGCUGGUGUCCAGCGAUGGACGACCCUACAGCCACGGCUUCUAUUCCUUCAAGAGCGAGAGCCACAAGAACGAGGCCUCCACGGCCACGCCCAGACGACCUGACCUGGACCUGGGCUAUGAGCCGGAGGGCAGCGCCUCCCCCACGCCGCCCUACCUUAAGUGGGCAGAGUCCCUGCACUCCCUCCUGGAUGACCAGGAUGGUAUCCAUCUGUUCAGGACGUUUCCUCAAGCAGGAGGAAUGCGCAGACAUGUUGGACUUCUGGUUCGCCUGCAGUGGCUUCCGUAAGCUCGAGGCCAACGAGGGCCAGGGCGAGGAGAAGAAGCUGAAACUGGCGAAAGCCAUUUAUAAAAAGUACAUCCUGGACAACAAUGGAAUAGUGUCGAGACAGAUCAAACCGGCCACCAAGAGCUUCAUCAAGGACUGUGUGAUCAGGCUGCACAUUGACCCAGCCAUGUUUGACCAGGCUCAGACUGAGAUUCAGACUAUGAUAGAGGAGAACACCUACCCACUGUUCCUCAAGUCUGACAUCUAUUUGGAAUACACCAGGACUGGGGGGGAGAGCCCUAAACUCUACAGCGACCAGAGCUCUGUUUCUGGGGGUGGGAAGGUUUUACCAGGGUAUUUGCCGACGCUGAACGAGGACGAGGAGUGGAGAUGUGACCACGAGUUGGAGGAACAGCAGGAGAGCGAUCCAACUCCCAGCAACCGGCUCACUCAGAAGCUGCUUCAGGAGACAGCUUCCCAGCGCGUCACCAGCACCAAGAGAUUCCAGGACAGUCACGAGUACAGGUAAAUCCUGUCCCAACACCGUCUCUCUCUCUCUCCUCCAGUCUCUAUAACUAUCUAGCUUCUCUGUGCGAGUGCUGCCUGAAGUUGGAGAUGAAAAGAGGCUCUGAGUUUAGCACAGCGGACAGCUUAAGAUGAGAGGAAUGCAGUGUAGGCAGAGGCCUUUAAGUACCUGUGACUGUGAUGGCGAGGCAGUGGCAGGGGUCGGUGGGAGAGCAUUUGCUGGCUGUUAGAAGGUGGAGGCAGACGCUCUUUGUGUUCCCCACGCAGGUGUUCUGUGAAUGGCAGGCUUUUCUAGUGGAAGAUAGAUUCUCUCAAAGAAAAGCUCAACAUGAUUUCUCUUUUGACUGUGGAAAAUGGAGAACUUUGGUUUAACUGUAGCAAAAAGUCAAAGGAAGUAUUCCCUGUCUAAGGAAAUGAACCUGGCACUAAAAAAGGAAGCACUCCCUUAUUUCUCUUCUGGAUGACUAAAAUAGGAUUGUAGAAGUACAGUCUUGUUUAUCUGUCUUCCAUUCUUUAAUCAAUAGUAAUAUGAUGCUUAUGUUAUAUUUUACAGAAAUCUUUCAGUGUCAAAGCCUUGUGACAUUCCAUAUGCGCAGAAUGGGAUUGUGAGAUGUGACUGACUACAAAACUCAAAUCCUCGUCCUGUUUGAACAGAAACAGCGCAUCUGGGCUUUUUAGCCCACUGUGCAAAGGAUUAGGCCUACAAAUGUUCCUGCCAAAGUCUGUGAAAUUAAAUGUCAAUAUUUUUUAAAGACAUAUUCCCACAUCUCUGAAUUUGUUCCAUAUUUGUCACUAAGCAAAGCUGCUAUCAUCACCAGUUGUGAGAUGAAUAUGUGGAGGGAUUUUGCAGCGUUAUAUAGCCUUGCUCUGAAAUAUGUAAGAACACAGCAUCUUUACUUUUCAGAUGUGCUUAAGGACACUGUUGGCAUUGUCUGGUGCAGAGAUUGCGGAAUUCUAUCUCUAGAAGUUGACCCACUUUUCUCACAACAGUCUUAGACAAACCUUGACAUGUGUAGAAGAUGCAGUAGCUCUCUGUGCAGAGAAUGUGUUGAAGAUUUCUGGAUGCAGGGCUGGAGGACUUGAAAUCAGUGUUUUCAAUUAGCCAGACUAAAAAGUAAGAUUUCCAAGUCUUUGUUUCAGUUUAGGACCAGUGUUGUGAUUUUGGAAAUAGGCCUACUCAGAAAUAGCACAUUGUUUAGGCUAUUGGCCUAUGCUAAGGAAUAUUGUUUUGUCUGAAUUUAGUCUAUUUGAACAACGUUUUUAGUAUAGUUACAGUGUAAAGGCCUAUACGUUGGCUUUUCUCAUUUCCAACUGGCCUAUAAAUGUGACAGAAUGAAAGACUAGGAUAUUUUAAAACCACAAACACUCCCCACUCCACCCUACUUCUGAUUGUGUAUUCUAUGGCCCCUGGAUAUGAUUGGCUUUAAUUAGUGAGAGCAGUGCAUUUUUUAGGUUGUUUUCAAAUGACUAUUUCAUUAGGUCUAGUAUUUGGCGGAAAUUACAAAAAGAUUACCCUCCAUUUUUAAAUAGCCUUUUAGCAUCACCCUUCGGGUUUUUGUGCAACUAAAUUUUGCACCAGUCAGAUGUCUCUUAAUGUGCGAAGACAUGGAAUCCAGGGAAUUAAAAGGGAGCAGCUCUGUUGUGAGAAAAACAUAUUAUUUUCAGUUGUGUAGUAAUGCACAAAAAAUGUUGCAGGAUAUUUUUGUUGUUCUCAGACAGCCAGUCACUGUUCUUGUAGAGACAAAGCUCUCUGAAUAUGUUUACAUGCUAUGAUGAGCAUGAAUACAAAUUUAUAUAAAACUGUUCAUUCUGAAAGACUAAUUUCAACCUGUCUGUCAACUCAUUCAAUUCACCCUUGACUCAUUUUCCAUGGGGAACCUUUCUCCUGGUGCCACUCCUCUCUCUAGGUCUCCCUCGGAAAGUAGCUUAGAUUGUUUAUCUCAAUGACAAUUUCUGGUUUAAACAGAUUAGAUAUAUAGCCUACAUUUUUAUAUAACCCUAUCAUCUUCAGAGUAAUUGUAGAGAAAAUGUAAUGAGUAACUAACCUGCUAGCAGGUCUGAUUCCUUCACCUAUGUUCCUGUGUAUGAGCAGGGCUUUGAUAAACCAAUCAGUGGUGAUCCAGGGGUGGCUGCACUCCGAUGUAAAGGGGAGGGACAAAAAACCAGUCAUUAUUCUCUAGGCGCAAAGAAAUGCUCAAAUCGUUUGGAACAACAAAAGGUCCUACGUCUAAUGAGUUAGCAUUGAGCUUCUCUCACUGUGCCCCCAUGGUGCAUCAGGAGGACAGGUUAUUUGAGUUUUUCAGGCCUAGGCUAUUCAAAGGUAUGUAUGAUUUUUGAUGGGCUUUCUGAGAGGUAUGAGUAACGUUUUGGCAAGUGCUGCUGUUGUACUCUGGUAUUUCCUCAUGUUCCUCGAAAGCCAUCUAGCCUACAUCAAAAGCUUACUCAUUGGUCAUAAGAAACGUGAUGAAAUGUGAUCCAUUUACAGCUGUGCACCCACACUGACAGACUGUAGCUAAACAGAGCAGAAAAAUACAACAAUAAUGAAACCAGUGUUGGUUUGAAAGCAUCUCUGUCCUCCGGCUCCCUCUCUUUGCUGUCUCUCUGUGAUCCUGUUAACAUUGACAUCAUGGCUGCUGCUUCAAUCAUUAGAAGAUUCUAGAUCAUGGGCUUGAGUGCUGCCUGGGAAUAAUCAUCAGAGGCUGCAGUAAUCCGAGAGCUGCUUCCAUCCGUGAUCCAUCCCUUUCCUCUUCUCUGGCUGAACCAGGCUGGGCUUAGAGGCUCAUAAACAGAUGCCUCACUACCAGUCAGUAGGAUGGAUGGAUGGCCAUGGUUCCGGUUCCGGUAGGAGACUGACAUUUUCCCUGUGGUGCCCUGAAGCGAGAACGCAGCCAGGUUUAGAAUUGGAAGCCCUGGUUUCUAGGGGGAAGCAGGCUUCCAGGUCAAGGGGAAACCCUGGUAGAAAGGAGGCUUCCUGCUUGGCGCUCGCUCCCCUGCCGUGCAAACUCCUUAAAACAGACUGUGGCCUCCUGCCGCUGCUCCUUUCAUUUGCAUUUCCUCUCGGAACGCUCCCUCCUUUUAAAUGAAUCCCACUCAUUUGAAACCUCAGCCAUAGAACGUGGUCGUUAUCCACAACCACGUUGCACCUCAGCCACAAAAUGUACAUUUCUAUGCAUUGACGGCUCCGUAUUGGUUGGACUUGUUUUUGUUUGAUGAAUGUAUCACGAGGGAUGCCAUCAUGGUGUGGGUUUUGUUCAUCAAAGCUGUUUUUAGAGCAUCAGUAGCAAAUAAGUGUUCUCCUCAGAGCCUCUGUUUUGAGAAGUGAAUCGAUUUUUACUACUCAAAACAAUUUUUUUAUUGAGAGGCUUUUUAGACUUCAAUGGAAACUUGUUUUUCUCACAUUUUUAUUGCAAAAUUGCAGACCAUUCCAAUUCAAAUACUUAUCUGAGCUCUUUUCCUUGUUAUCUUAGUUCUUCACAUUAUGACAUUUCAUGUUUUGUUAGGUUUAGGCUAGUAAGCUAAAAGCAAAUGUCAUGCAUGUUCGCCAUAGGUAAUUCAGUAGACAGAUUAUGUAAUGGUUUACAGCUCACAGUGCUUAUGGACUGAAAAUGCUAAAAGGCCGUAAGCAUAAUUUCAUGACUAGAGUGCUUUAGUAUUAAACUGUAUUCUCUUUUCCAGUGAUAAAAGCUGAUAGGACUUAUGGUUGAUGGACAGGGCAGGGCUCUCUCUGUUCAGCAAACAUGACUGUACACAUGUUUUCUAAGAAGAUUAGACCUAUAUUUACUUCCAUGUUAUGUUGAAUAGGAAGUGAGGCUUGUUUCUGUGUUUUUUUGGGGGUGGGGAAUUUGCCUCCGGGAUUGUAGAGGAAUAGUCUGUCUUACUUUAUUGCGCUUUGCCGAAUAGUUGUAAGCAACCCUGAUAUGGUCCUGGUGAAAUGUGAAGGCAGUACCACUAGCCUACAUAGCUCCUGUCAUCUAUAGCCAAUAACCACGUUUCCAUCCAUAGUUUUUAUGCGAGUAAAGUCAUACCAUAUAAAACAAAAUGUUGUGAUGGAAACAGGAAGUUUCAGUACAAUUUUAUAAACACAGACAGAUAAUUUGUUAAUUUGACAUGGUCGGAUCUUUUUGUGUCGGUAUAAUGUAAUUAUGCGAGAAAUGGUGGUGGAAAUGCCUUUAUGCGCAAAUAUUGAUAUAAUAGCCAUCAUAUCGAAGUAAACUUGGAGUCACUCAAUGACAUGGUGUGUGGUCCUCCCACUAUGACUCAGGAAACCAUGUAGUUUAUUAGGCUACAGAUUAAAUAAGUUAUGAUGAACUUCACAGGGUGGUGAAAGUGCACGGUAUGAGCUUGAUGCUCCUUUCCAAUAAAUGUUGAGGGUCUUAUUCUGAUUACAUGAUGAUCGAUGCUUGACUGCCGUUUGACAAAUACAAAUAUUCUCGCUCUUAUCCGUAGUAAUAUCAUGUAUUGUAGACUAGCCUACCCACAGAGCCUACCCGCUCUGUAUCUGUCAGCUGUUGGCUAAAGCGCACGUGCCAAGACCAGACUAGUCACAUUUGCUAUUUAAUGCAACAGUUUUUGUGACAAAACUAUCGGUAGAGUUGAGAAUGCGAUGGAAACACGUUGAACUUCAGAUUUUUAUUCGGUCCAUGACAACGUAAGCAAAAAAGUACAUUUUGUCUGCACUACGUCAUCACGCACUGAUUUUUAUCCACAACAAUUCCGUUUGGUGGAAACACACCACUGAUGGGAAACUGCGCAUAUUUUCUUUGUGAAUUUUUGGAAUAUUCGCAUGAAAAUCUGUCACCAAUUGGAUGGAAAUCUAGUUUAUAUCUUGAUUUGAUUUGAUAGAUUGGCAGUCUAGUUAUGACACAAUAAAUGCUAUCCUCUGUCACGACUCUCAUUGCUUUUCAAUGAGAACCAAUUGUAAUUUGUCAUUUCUAGACAUUAGAAUCUUUACUUAUAUCAUGUAGAACUAAAAUACAUUCUUCAACUACUCUCCUUUCUUCUCUUAAUCCAAACUGAUUUACCACUUCACAAUAGAUUUUAUUUUUCUUCAUUUGGACAGAAUAUGGGCUGACUAAUGAUAACCAGUCAGAAGUAGCCUGGGUUUGAUUUGGUCUCUAGUAAGACUGAGAGCUUCAGAGAUCCCAGGGAGGGAGCACGUACUGAACACUUGAGGGAUCUUCUUCAGUUUAAAGAUGAACAGAACAGAGGCCUAUCCAGAUCUAUAAUUCAUGUGAAGGGAGCAGUUUGAGGAACGUGUUGAGGGAGGUUGAGUCAAUGAUGGAGGAUGUGGUGAUGCGAUGCCUCCAAUAAGAAUUAAGUGAGCAUCUCCCCUACUGUACCUAUCCAUAGAAACCCUCUAUGAAGGAUAUUCAUUAUGACAAUGUGGGUGGUUUUGUGUGAAAGGCAUGUAUUACUACAGAGAUACUACAGUAGUCUUAUUUCAAAUCAAAUCACAUUUUAUUGGCCACAUGCGCCAAAUACAACAGGUGUAGACAUUACCGUGAAAUGCUUACUUACAGCCCUUAACCAACAAUGCAUUUAUUUUUUAAAUAAAAAAGUAAAAUAAAAUGACAACAACAAAAAAGAGCAGAAGUAAAAUAAAAUAACAGUAGGGAGGCUAUAUACAGGGGGGUACCGGUGCAGAGUCAAUGUGCAGGGGCACCGGCUAGUUGAGGUAAUAUGUACAUGUGGGUAGAGUUAAAGUGACUAUGCAUAAAUAAUUAACAGAGUAGCAGCAGCGUAAAAAUAUGGGGUGGGGGUGAGGGGGCAGUGCAAAUAGUCAGGGUAGCCAUGAUUAGCUGUUCAGGAGUCUUAUGGCUUGGGGGUAGAAGCUUUUGAGAAAUCCUUUUGGACCUAGACUUGGCACUCCGGUACCGCUUGCCGUGCGGUAGCAGAGAGAACAGUCUAUGACUAGGGUGGCUGGAGUCUUUGACAAUUUUGAGGGCCUUCCUCUGACACCGCCUGGUAUAGAGGUCCUGGAUGGCAGGAAGCUUGGCCCCAGUGAUGUACUGGGCCGUACGCACUACCCUCUGUAGUGCCUUGCGGUCGGAGGCCGAGCAGUUGCCAUACCAGGCGGUGAUGCAAUCAGUCAGGAUGCUUUCGAUGGUGCAGCUGUAUAACUUUUUGAGGAUCUGAGGACCCAGGGGGAAUAGGCUUUCUUUGUUUUAUAUCUAAAUUACAUUUACAUUGUCACUCAAUUCUUAUCUGCUCUUAUCCAGAAUAACUGACAACAUACUUCCCUUUUAAUGUUAUGAUAAUACAGUGCAAUAACCUUCGUAAAAUGUAUUCUUGUCAUGUGGACCUGAAUCUAUUGUUUAAUGGUGCUAAUACACUCUGACAUCAUUGAUUUUUGUUAUAUAAUGUGCUAUGUAUUGUUAAUGACUUUGCCUUAAUGCUCUCUCUCUGAAUGUUGUGGUUCUUCCAGACAUGUUCCGUGGCGGGAGCCUGUCAACCCAUACUAUGUCAACAUGGGCUAUGCCAUGGCCCCUGCCACCAGCGCCAACGACAGCGAGCAGCAGAGCAUGUCCAGUGCCAGCGACGUAGACACACUCUCCCUGACCGACAGCAGUGUGUAUGUACUCGCACAGCCUCCGCAUCACCUCCCACUCACACAAAUGCACACACACAAUCGAUCAUACUGUACUAAUCCAUGCUGAGCUAUACCUGGGUCGAAUUCAUUAGGGCGCACAUUAGAAAAACGUUUUGCACACACACGAUCGGUCAAACUGUAAUAGUACAUACAACGAGUAAGGGCAGCGUCUUGCCUCGAGAAUGAAGUUUAACUUCCCUGUUCCUUGCCAUUCAGCAUAAGGACCUUCACAAACAAUUUCAUGAAAUGUGAGUGUGUGGGUAUAGAAAACAAUAGUAUGUUAUUUUCUAUUUAAUCCAUUCCCAGUAUAUCUGAGCUCUACCGUGGUCGUAUUCAUUAGGGCACACAGUAGCAAAAUGUUUUGCCACAGAAAACAGAAACAAGUUUCUCAUUGGACAAGUUCAGGUAGUCCCUCUCUGUUUGAGUAUGUUUUCUUCCGUUUGGUGCUGAAUGAAUAGGACCCUGGUCUGACUGUAGCGCCUCCUGCUGCACGCCGACUGGUGCCAUUUCCCCCUGUCUGUCUCCUCACUGGGAGCAGCAACACAUCUCUCUCUGCUCCUCUCCUCAGAGAACAGCCAUCUGUUCAUUACCCACACAAAUGAAAGCUCCUAAUGUCAUUACUUAUGCUAAUUAUAGAGCUAUAAACUGGGAGGUAUGACAGGGCACAGGUUGUCAUUUGAAGACAUUGACUUGUUUCCCUUUAAAUCAAGUUUCCUGGAAUUCUAAGGAAAUGGUGGAGAAUUGACGGUAAAAGAGCAGGUUAUUGAAAUAAAUGCUAGUGAUAUUAGAAAGUGAAUGAGUUGUUCUCUCACUAGAGUGAUGCACAACAUUGGACAAAGGUUUUCUUCAUAUUUGUUUAAUCACAUUUCAAGCUAAGUAGAUUUUGACAGGCUCUCAUAAUUGCGUAAAAGGAAUCGGUACACAAUGAAUAAAAAGUACAUGUUAUAGCCUACGUCUUAUAAGACAUGCCCACAUUGCUUGACAAUGGUUUGUUUCAAGAUGGGUAAAUGUAUAAGCAUUGCCUUUGGAGGAUCCAAUGUCGGACACAAGCUGUUAUUUAGCACAACAAUCCUCUUUUUUUCUUCCGCAUUAGCGGGAAGCAGCAUGUUUCCUUAAGAGUAAGUGGUGCUGUUAGCAGAGGGAAGCCAGAGAAAGAGAAGAAAGGAACUGUGCUGUAAGUUCAGAGAUGGCACUGGGGGACGCAUGUUAAAGAAAUAUCAAAGGCUGCUCAGCAGGACCAAAACAUGUGUCUGAAGCAGGAUAGAUUAGAGGCCGUUAUCAGCUGUUUUGUUCCACAGCUCCUGGCACAGACGAGUCACACCCAGCGGGACCACUGCGACUUGGGAUUAAACAAUUCAUAAUGUUGGUAUCAGCGACCGCGCCGCUCUCUGGUUGCUCACUGCUGUGUAGGGCUACAGCGGAAACUUCAGGGUAUAGAUACUCUGCUAUUUACCGAAAUCUAAGUCCAGAAUUCUCAAUCCGCUCAAUUUACCACAAACUCCCAAAAUGUUGUUGUUCUCUUAGGUUGAUUCUGCUACCGUUAGAAAUGUAAAUACAGCUUCAAAGUAACCCAUGAGUUGUUUAGUUUUGAAUAUGCUUGUAAAAUGUUCCUUGUUUUUGUUCCAGAGAUGGGGUUCCACCAUACAAAUACCGCAAACAGCAUCGACGAGAGAUGCACGAAAGUGCCAAAGCAAAUGGGCGAGUGCCACUACCUCAUAUUCCUGUAAGUUAACCUUGGUGUAGCUACACACACACCCCUACACAUACAAGCACACACACACACCUGUAAUAACCCCACUAGCUCAUCAAAGACAGGUUACAAGGCUGUAUUCUGGUAUUAUAGAAACCUCAGUCUUUCUCAAAUGUUUCCAUCUCUCCAAUUUCCUGCAUUUGUAAGAUGCCUGCCUCCAUCUCUCUCUGGGCCAGUGUAGGGUGUGUGAAUAGCUCAUGGAGAGGCGUGUGCUGUCUAAACUGUGCUUGGUGCUCUCCUCAGCCCUCAGCUGUCUGUCUGUGUUUUACAUUGACAUUUUAGUCAUUUAGCAGACGCUCUUAUCCAGAGCGACUUACAGUUAGUGAGUGCAUAUAUUUAUUUUCAUACUGGUCCCCCGUGGGAAACGAUCCCACAACUCUGGCGUUGCAAACGCCAUGCUCUACCAACUGAGCUACACGGGACUGUGUUGAAGCCCAUCAGACAGCAGUGUUUUUCCUCUGUGGCAGUCCCGCCUCCCUGCAUGCCUCUGCAGCUCACUACAGGAGAACUCCCAUCCUAAUUGGGCUGCUGAGUCAAGAGUCCUGGUUAACAAGACUCUCUCCCUCACAUUAGGAUGCAUGUACAGUGCCUUUGAAAAGUAUUCAGACACCUUGACUUUUUCCACAUUUUGUUACGUUACGGACUUAUUCUAAAAUGGAUAAAAUAAAAAUGUUUCCUUAUCAAGCUACACACAAUACCCCAUAAUGACAAAGCGAAUACAUUAUUAUUAUUAUUAUUAUUAUUAUUUGCAUAUUUAUAAAAAAUCAAAAACAGAAAUGCCUUAUUUAUGUAAGUAUUCAGACCCUUUGCUAUGAGACUCGAAAUUUAGCUCAGGUGCAUCCUGUUUCCAUUGAUCAUCAUUGAGACCACCAUCUCUGCAGCACUCCACCAAUCAGGCCUUUAAGGUAGAGUGGCCAGAUGGAAGCCACUCCUCAGUAAAAGGCACAUGACAGCCCGCUUGGAGUUUGCCAAAAGGCACCUAAAGGACUCAGACCAUGAGAAAUAAGAUUCUCUGGUCUGAUGAAACCAAGAUUGAACUUUUGGCCUGAAUGGCAAUCGUCACGUCUGGAGGAAUCCUGGCACCAUCCCUACGGUGAAGCAUGGUGGUGGCAGCAUCAUGCUGUGGGGUUGUUUGUCAGCGGCAGGGACUGGGAAACUAGUCAGGAUCAAGGGAAAGAUGAACGGAGCAAAGUACAGAGAGAUCCUUGAUGAAAACCUGCUCCAGAGCGCUCAGGACCUCAGACUGGGGCGAAGGUUCGCCUUCCAACAGGACAACGACCCUAUGCACACAGCCAAGACAACGCAGGAGUCUCUUGAACCCGAUCGAACAUCUCUGGAGAGACCUGAAAAUAGCUGUGCAGCGACGCUCCCCAUCCAACCUGACAGAGCUUGAGAGGAUCUGGAGAGAAGAAUGGGAGAAACUCCACAAAUACAGGUGUGCCAAGCUUGUAGCGUCGUACCCAAGAAGACACGAGGCUGUAAUCGCUACCAAUGGUACUUCAACAAAGUACUGAGUAAAGGGUCUGAAUACUUAUGUAAAUGUUAUAUUUCAGAUGUUGUUUUUUUGUAUACACUACCGGUCAAAAGUUGUAGAAAACCUACUCAUUCAAGGGUUUUUCUUUAUUUUUACUAUUUUCUACAUUGUAGAAUAAUAGUGAAGAAAUCAAAACGAAUAUACAAAUAUAUUUUCUUCAAAUAGCCACCCUUUGCUUUGAUGACAGCUUUGCACACUCUUGGCAUUCUCUCAACCAGCUUCAUGAGGUAGUCACCUGAAUGCAUUUCAAUUAACAGGUGUGCCUUCUUAAAAGUGAAUUUGUGGAAUUUAUUUCCUUCUUAAUGUGUUUGAGCCAAUCAGUUGUGUUGUGACAAGGUAUACAGAAGAUAGCACUAUUUGGUAAAAGACCAAGUCCAUAUUAUGGCAAGAACAGCUCAAAUAAGCAAAAGAGAAACAACAGCCCAUCAUUACUUUAAGACAUGAAGGUCAGUCAAUCCGGAAAAUGUCAAGAACUUUGAAAGUUUCUUCAAGUGCAGUCGCAAAAACCAUCAAGCGCUAUGAUGAAACUGGCUCUCAUGAGGACCGCCAAAAGAAUGGAAGACCCAGAGUUACCUCUGCUGCAGAGGAUAAGUUAAUUAGAGUUACCAGCCUCAGAAAUUGAAACCCAAAUAAAUGCUUCACAGAGUUCAAGUAACAGACACAUCUCAACAUCAACUUUGCAGAGGAGACUGUGUGAAUCAGGCCUUCAUGGUCGAAUUGCUGCAAAGAAACCACUACUAAAGGACACAAAUAAGAAGAAGAGACUUGCUUGUGCCCAGAAAAACAAGCAAUGGACAUUAGACCGGUGGAAAUUUGUCCUUUGGUCUGGAGUCCAAAUUUGAGAUUUUUGGCUCCAACCGCCGUGUCUUUGUGAGACACGGUGUGGGUGAACGGAUGAUCUCCGCAUGUGUAUUUCCCACCGUAAAGCAUGGAGGAGGUGUUAUGGUGUGGGGGUGCUUUGCUGGUGACACUGUCUGUGAUUUAUUUAGAAUUCAAGGCACGCUUAACCAGCAUGGCAACCACAGCAUUCUGCUGCGAUUCGCCAUCCCAUCUGGUUUGCACUUAGUGGGACUAUCAUUUCGUUUUUCAACAGGACAAUGACCCAACACACCUCCAGGCUGUGUAAGGGCUAUUUUACCAAGAAGGAGAGUGAUGGAGUGCUGCAUCAGAUGACCUGGCCUCCACAAUCCCCCGACCUCAACUCAAUUGAGAAGGUUUGGGAUGAGUCGGACCGCGGAGUGAAGGAAAAGCAGCCAACAAGUGCUCAGCAUAUGUGGGAACUCAUUCAAUACUGUUGGAAAAGCAUUCCAGGUGAAGCUGGUUGAGAGAAUGCCAAGAGUGUGCAAAGGGUGGCUAUUUGAAGAAUCUCAACUAUCAAAUAUAUUUAGAUUUGUGUAACACUUUUUUGGUUACUACAUGAUUCCAUAUGUGUUAUUUCAUCGUUUUGAUGUCUUCACUAUUAUUCUACAAUGUAGAAAAUAGGGAAAAUAAAGAAAAACUCUUGAAUGAGUAGGUGUUCUAAAACUUUUGACCGGUAGUGUACAUUUGAAAAAAAUUCUAAAAACAAUUUAAUCCAUUUUAGAAUAAGCCUGUAACAUAACAAAAUGUGGAGAAAGUCAAGGGGUCUAAAUACUUUCUGUAUGCGCUGUAUACACUGAGUAUACAAAACAUUACAAACACCUGCUCUUUCCAUGACAGAGACUGACCAGGUGAAUCCAGGUGAAAGCUAUCAUCCCUUAUUGAUGUCACUUGUUAAAUCCACUUAAAUCUGUGUAGAUGAAGGGGUGGUGAGGUUAUGUUGUUUGUGUAUAUGUGCCAUCAGAGGGUGACUGGGCAAGACAAAAUAUUUAAUUGCUUUUGAACGGGGUAUGGUAGUAGGUGCCAGGUGCACCGGUUUGUGUCAAGAACUGCAACACUGCUGGGUUUUUCACGCUCAACAGUUUCCUCUGUGUAUCAAGAAUGGUCCACCACCCAAAGGACAUCCAGCCAACUUGACACAACUGUGGGAAGCAUUGGCGUCAACAUGGGCCAGCAUCCCUGUGGAACUCUUUGACACCUUGUAGUCCAUGCCCUGACAAAUUGAGGCUUUUCUGAGGGCAAAAGGGGGCGCAACUCAAUAUUAGGACGGUGUUCCUAAUGUUUUGUACACUCAAUGUACAAUCUUCACUAAUAGAGGGUAAUAGCCACAAUAGUGUAGUAAUUUCUACAGCCAGAUCUUCUAAAGGCCAUAAAGCUACUCAGGACUUUUUGUAUGUAAGCUUUGCCUGUGUUGGGUAAAAUGAAUAUGAAUCCAACUGAAACCGAAUUCAAAGAAAAAAUAUCAUCAGGGCUGGAGAAAUCUCCUGCUUUGUAAUCAGCAUGUGGACAUAUCCUGUGUGCUUUGGUGGGUCCCUGAGUAAAACAAACCCUCUACAAUAUUUAGCCUAUCCCCCAGAAUGUACUUGAAUCUCUCUUUGCUAGAUUACUACAACAAUGCACCUUACAGGCUUGAGUUGUGUUGGGAAUACCAGCCAAGAGCUGAUUAUAGCCAGCAUCUCGCUUUGAUAAAAAUGUACUUCACUCUGCUGCCUGUAAUUAAACGAACAUGCAAUGAUGGGGAUUAUUUUGAACGGACAAUCACCUUUUAGUGAUUAAGUCUGGUCUGUGGUGUACCAGUGAGUUUUCCAGACGUGGCCUGUAGCUCAGAUGCUGUCAGCCCCAUGUAGUGGGGGCAUGGUGUCACGCUGCGAUGGGUCAAUCUGGAGAUUGAUUUCUAUGUUUUUUUUAAUGGCUAUUAUAAAGUCACUGACCAACAGAAAGUUGUUUAUGGCUGAUAUUUGACUGACUAUCCUAUAAAUGUUCUUCAACUUUGGAAGUACCCUAUGUUGAAACUUUUCAUUGUUGAGAUGAAUGCCUGCGGCUUACAGCAUGCGUUAUGCAGAGCAGCCUACAUCAGACUAUUCUAAGUCUUAAACCAUGUCAAACCAGACCUUGUAGAUACUACAGUAGCUACUAGGCAAUAGUCUUCUUGACUUUGGUUGAGGUUAUUGUUUUGGCACCUUCAUUUCCAUUACAGGUCCCCUGAUAGCUUUUCCCUGAUAAACUAUAGACUUAUUUGAUCAGUCUUUUCUCCUCUUCUAUACCACUUUCUCCCUUCUGUUCUAUCAUCAGAAGUGAACAGCAUAGUUCUAGACCACUGGUUUUACCUUGAGAGAAUACGUCAACAAUGUUGUCAACUAAUGACUACUGGUACAAUUGAAAUUAACUGGAAAUGAUAUGUUUCCCUCUGUAGCGCACAAACCGGAUACCAAAGGACAUUCACGUGGAGCCAGAGAAGUUUGCGGCGGAUCUGAUCAGCAGGCUGGAGGGGGUGCUGAGGGAGAGGGAGGCCCAGGAGAAACUGGAGGAGCGGCUGAAGAGGGUCAGAUUGGUACGUUGUUGUCUACAGAAAUACCACCCUGCUGUCUGUACGAUCCCUCUCCCUGGUGGGGCACUAUGCUACUCUAUAUGUCCCCACCAUCCUCUUAACAACCACUUACCAUGUUCUCAAUAGCUGGUCACUGUUUAUCUGACUGUCUAUCAGAAGGUACACUGUAAUAUCUCCAUUGUUUGAGUAAUGAGGGAAAGGACUGGGGUUGAUUCAUUAAAAGGGAAACAGACAUUAUGCCAUUCUGAAUCAUUUAUAGAAGUCUAGCUCUGGCCUAUCAGGGAUCCAUCCCACUGUAUCCUGGAUCCCUUUCUCUCUGGCAUCAGAUGGAACACCUGCAGACAGCCUGAGCCACUUGUGAGCCUGGCGCACUGUAUUGACUUUGUUUGAAGUCAGUUGGAGUGUGAAGAAAUGCCUGUGCUCACCGCAAAUGGAAUCUCUUUCAGUACACAGAGCCAGGUCUUAAGUCUCAAGGCAGAUAUUUUAUGUAGUUUGGCCCCUCCGUAAGAGGAACCACCAUCAUGGAACGGUAGGUUUCUCUUUAGUAAGGCAAGCAGGAGAGUGACAAAUAGUGACUCUAUUAACUGAUAUUCUUACCUUAAUCAAAUAUAAGAUAGUUCCCCCCCCCCAAUUCCUCUCCUCUCUUACCUGGUUUUCAUCCACAGACUUACACCCUGAUCUCACAGAAUGUGGCCUCAAUCCAAUGUUGAAUGGUUGAGAGGUCACAUCCGGUCUAGGCAUACUCCCUCAGUAGUGUCUGAAAGGAACGAGUCAAUAUUGCAGGAUAGCCUGUGGUAUAAUGGUGCUGUUGACUGAUGAAAUCAUUUGUCUUCUUCAUCUCUCCUCUAAAUAAUACAGAACCUUUAGGAUCAAUGCAUUGGUGCCACUGAGAGAUAAAUAACUUAAUAGGCAUUUUUCUCUUUACUUUUCAAAGCUCUGAAUGUUGGCCCACCUAAUGUAUAAUUUACAUGUUCAAUGGCAGCAGUACGUUCCAAUUCCCUGAGGUGAGAGUGAGCGAGAGAGACGAAGUACAUCACAUUCAUUAGUAGAUGCCUUUCAGCAGGAUGGGCUCAGCAGAUCUGGAUCUGGCCUCAUUUUGGCGCGAACAGGGUAACAGAGUGCAGAGCAAUGGCCUGCACAGCUGCUCUGAGCCAGAGACCGAGAGCCAGGCCAAUAUCUGCACGCGCCAGCCAGACCCUCAUCAGAAAGUCCUUAGCUCCCGCCCAGGAAUCCGUUACCUGGAGUGAGCAUCAAAGCCUCCACCACAUCAAUUGCCCACUGUUAUUUGCCAAAUGAUUCCCAUGUUGAAAUGCCAUCAAAGGUGUGUGGGAAGGGUGAGGUGGUGAGGAGCCAAUGGGGGCUGAUGUCAUUUAGUUAGAGGAAUGGACGACUGGGUCCACACAUCCUUAGCCAUUCAGUUAGUUGCAGAGACAGACCUGGUGAAAUAAGGGCACAAUGGUAUGCACAGUUGCUCCAUGUCAUACAGUUAGUUACUGUGGCUGACUGCAACCUUUGUCUAGGAACUAGAACAUAGCAGGAUUGUAGCUUGAAAUAUAUAGAGCUAUUUAAUUGUAGUAAAAAUCAAGGGUCUAUUGAGAGCUAAGAUUAUGCUGGCUGACUGAUGUAGAGUGAAAUAGCUUUGCAUCACAGAGGAAGAACAUUCCCUCUGCAGCAGAGCAGUGAUAAUGCCGCAGCACGUGUUAACACAUGGUUUUGUGGAAUUGUGCCAUCUGCUGGUGUGACUGAUUGGAAAAAAUAGCCUUUGCCUUUUGAAAUGACUUUAGCAGUUGUUCUUUCGCAAUGGGGUGAGUUGGGACCCCCUUUCUUUCUUUGGGAAAUGACCAGACACUAAAGCUCAUACAUGUAGGUUGUAAUUGAGAUUUGUCUCAAUGUACAGCACAAAUUAAUGUGUAGGAUAUAUUUGUAUAUUAUAUACUGAUGUGAUAUGUCAACUUGUAGUAUUGCUGUUGAGUAGGGUGGUAACCAUUUUCAGUAUGUUUAAUGAUCAUUUAUUUUUCUUUCUGAAAGGAGGAAGAGGGUGAUGAUGCAGACAUCUCCACAGCCACCUCGUUCUCCAGUCACAGACUGCCCCCUGGUGCCCACCCACAGCACUACAACAACCCCCGCUACUCUGACAUCGGCUACAACGGCCUGGUGCUGCGACCUGAUGCCCACGAGGAGAACCCCGAGAGCAUCCUGGAUGACCACGUCCAGCGAGUCAUGAAGACCCCCGGCUGCCAGUCCCCAGGCACCGGCCGCCACUCCCCCAAAUCCCGCUCACCCGACGGCUUCCCUGCAGGUGGCAAGGUGCCCGGACCUGGGAUGCCACUGCCCACAGGCCCGGGCAAACACCCAGCUCGGCUGGGGCCCAAGGGGGAGGCUGCCAGCCACCAAUACCACCACAAACACGUGCACCACAUCCACCACCCUGCCGGAGGGAAGCCCAAAGAGCAGGUGGAGGCUGAUGCGACCAUCAGGGUCAAUGGUAACUUCCCCUGGGGGAUGGAGCAGCACCACUACGGGUCCAAGUCUCGCAACUAUGCUGACGGCAUGGGCCCCAGCCCGAUGGACCCUAUGGGAUACAGGUAUGCACAAAAACACACAGCCUCUUCAUGUCUCUUUGAAUUAUGUUUUUCGUUCUUCAAUUUUUUAAAAUGUCUCAGAUCUUUUUUGUUUUACUUGCCAUUAACGUAGUUGUCCUUUUUUCAUUCAAUUCCUGUAGUAGCAAAGGUAGCACGCUAUCGAAGAGGCCGUUUAAGAAGGGUGAGGAGGUGCGAACCAUUGAGGUGCCCGUGCCUCCAGAGGACGUAGAGAGGAACCAGAAGAUCCUCCAGUGGAUGAUGGAGGGAGAGGCAGUCCGCAACAAGAAGAGCCCCUACGGGUGAGUUGCAGCUUAUGGGUGGCCGCUAGCCGUCUUUCCCACUUAGGGAAUCAGUAAAGUACGACCAAUGCAAGUCAAUUUAAUUAACUCUGAUCCGUAUUAUGGUGGUUUGUGUACAUUUGGGUAAAACAAUGACAACGAUUUUGUCUCUGUCUCUCAGGAGCACUACAGGGUCCAAGAAGACCCCGUCGAGCCACGAGGUGUCGCGGCCCAGCUCUGUGGAGCGUCCUGGGGCAGUGCAUCCUUGGGUCAGUGCCCAGCUGCGGAACAAUGUGCAGCCCUCGCACCCCUUCAUCCAGGACCCCACCAUGCCCCCCAACCCGGCCCCCAACCCACUCACUCAGCUGGAGGAGGCUAGGAGGAGACUGGAGGAGGAGAAGAAGAAGACUGGGACCUUACAGACCAAGCAGAGGUGAGUCGGCUUUUCCUGGGGAGGAAGGGAGAUGUCUCUGUCAAAUCAUGGUUCUUCAUGUCAUGUCUAUCCAUCCAUUGUAUUGUUAUAGUGAUGGUGGCAGCCAUGUGACUGAAUCACCAAACUCAUCCUUUUGAUACUACAGGAAAAAACAAUAACGUUGUUAUCGAAAAGUAAUGUUGGUGCUAAAACAGCAAAUGUUGGGGUGAGCUGAAGCAUGACAGGGUCUCAGAAGACUUCUAAAUAAUUAAAUAUUCUUAACUUUUGAUCAAACCCUCUUUUGAGUAGCGUGAUGCACUGACCUUUUUUUUCCUUCUUCAUUGCACAUCUGUGCAUGAUCACUGGUGUGUGUAUCCUGGUUGGUAUGGCCCUGUGGCCGGUCAGUGUCUAACUCCCAGGGUUGUUGGGUCCUUUAGGUAUGUGAUGGAAGUGAUCCAGCGGGGGCGUGCUGCUGUCAGGCCCGCCCUGUUCCCACCGCUCAGCGUGGUGCCUGCCGUCUCCGACACGGAGCUCUCCGAGUCCGAGUACGUCCAGUCUGGUUUACCCCAGUAGCCCUUAACACCCACCCCACCUCGGCCCCCAUCCCAACCCCCAUCCCAUUGGUCACAGCAGCACCCCACCUCACCACCACCUCCCAUGUCUAUCACCAGCAGCAUCCAGACCCGACUGCUCUGUACCUGUAUCUGCACAGCCAAACAGAGGCCUAGACUCCAUAGAGAUUAGUAGAGGCAUAUACUGUAUGUCUGCCUUCUAUGAGUAAUCAAUCAUGUUUGAUUACUGGCACUAAUACUUGUAUCCCCAUAAUCUAGUAGUAGUUUCCUGUAUAAUAGCAUCUGUGUGUAGUUUAGUUUUUUGAAAUGUAAAUUCAUAUUUGAUCUGAUUUGCUUGUGUAUGGCAGGGGAUUAGAAUAAUCAGUCUCACCUCUUCAGCCAUUUCUUAGAGCCAGACAGUAAUCCAUAGCUGCAGGGUGAGGGCUAAGACAGUGGAUGACAGUGAGAAUGAUCAUACCUCUAGCUUCACACUGGUAAGCAGAGGGGGUGAGUAAUUAGAAUGAUAUUAAGUGGAGAGAGAUGGGGAAGAUGGAACUGGAGGACAGGGGGGGAGGUGGCAGGAGGCAGCAGCUAGGGAGAGGUGUACUGUAAGCUGUGUGCGGCGAGAACAGAGAGCAGAGCUUUGAUGUUCUCUGUGUGAAGCUGCAGUCUGUUUGAUGUCCUGUGGCUUCUUCCUCAGAUGGACAGUUUAGAGAUGUAGGGGGACAGGAUAGCUGCAGUAAGGACCAGAUGAAAGCCUGGCUAUCCUGGCAAAGCCCCUGGGCCUCUACCACCCCAUCCUAUCACUGGGCCUCUACCACCCCACCUCACCCCACACCAUCAAACCCAACAUCAGGCCCGGGGGCAUGCAUUUGGAACACUACUUACUGUAGUAACCUUCUCCCUGCUGGUAGCAUUAGGGCGUAACACCUCCUCACAAUCCCAUGUAGACUGAGCAUUUCCUUGCUGGAACAACAUUACCUCCAUGAACUCUGAUUGAUAAAUGAAUACUUUCCCAUGACAAGCUUCUUAGGGCAAUAUUACCUAUACCAGGAGUGCUCAAUUUGAUAGCAUUUUAGAGGAAACCCAAUGCUGUGAAGUCACACAUUACAAGUGGCUCAUUAAAUAUUCAAAUCAUGAAACUGAUUAUUUGAAUUUGUGUGUCAAACAUAUUUAGCCUUUAUAGGUUAUCUCCUUUUUGGCGGACCUCUGGAAAUCAAACUAAGGCCCCAUUAGGGGUCCCACAGCCCCCUGGUUGAUUUAUACUUAGCCACCUAAACAGUCAUUUGCUGCAUUGCAACUCUGGUGGCGUUCACAACCAACAUUUGUAUAAGUUGUAAAAAAGGAGUAUGAGUGACUUGAUCUAGUUUUCUUACAUCAGAUUCUGACUGAGAGGAAAUUAUACCUCUGGAUGUCUGAAUUGUCUUUCCCACUCUUACUCUGUCAAAUGAUCAGAGCUUGCAGUUGGAGUUCUGCUGAGGUUUUUGAAACAUCUCAUGCAAAAGAUGAAAGGAAGCCUUGACUUGACCCAUUUAAUGAGCUUCUUGCUUGUUUGUUUGCAGACAUAAAGCGACGAAGAAGCCUGCGUGUGAGAACAUAACAGUGGCCUACUACUUCUGUGGGGAGCCCAUCCCGUACAGGACGUCGGUCAAAGGUCGCAUGGUCAUGCUGGGCCAGUUUAAAGAGCUGCUGACUAAGAAAGGAAGCUACAGGUGAGGUCACUACUCUAAUUGGUGAGGCACAGGAAAGUAGAUUUACAGGAUGAUGUUAUAAAAUGGUUUAAUCUAUUAAACUCUGAAGUCCUUGCAAUUGAAUAUCACGUUUUUGUUGUGUUUAUGGUCAUGUAAAAUGAACCACAUUCCAAAGUACAUUUUUCGUAUUAUGUAAAUUUGGUGCGUAAUAAAUAAAGCUUUUUCAAUGGACUUGAACUAACAACCAACUGUUCUCUAUCCAACCGACUCUAGGUAUUAUUUCAAGAAGGUAAGCGAUGAGUUUGACUGUGGGGUGGUGUUCGAAGAGGUACGCGAAGAUGAUGCAAUCCUGCCCAUCUUUGAGGAGAAGAUCAUUGGGAAAGUGGAAAAGAUUGAUUGACAUGGAGGUGGAGAGGAAGGAGAUGUUCACAAAGUCAGCCUGCGAUGGAGCUAUUGAUGGAUGAGCUGUUUGCCUGAGAGAGACCGAGAGAACGUGUUUGAUUAGAGGGAAGAUUGGCAGGGGAGAAAAGGUACGGAGUAAGUCACUACAGGAGGGAACGGAUGAAAGGAGAAGAAAAGGAGGAGAAGACUGCAUAGUGGACACUGUGGGAGACACUCAUGACUCCAAGGCUUUCAUAUCUGCUCAGUGCCACUGCAUUGUGCAGACAGAGUAGGAAAGCAUUGGACUAAAAAAGCAAAGACAUUCUCUCCUUCAGUGUCUUUCUAACUGAGUGUAAUGUAAUGUAGCAUUGUACAAUUUGACUAGAAGAAAAAUACUAUGAAUCUGCUUACUAAAGCAGCAUAUUAUUUUUGAUAUGACGUAUCAGAAGGUAUCCUUUCUAAUGUAACCAAGCUUGUCAUUUUUAUAUGUGUUGGUACCAGAUGUGUACAGAUUGUCUGUUUAAAACAUAACGAUAAAGUUUUAUAUUAUCUAUUUAAAUAUUUUAAAAAGCUAACGUUUUAAUCCUAUUAAAGCAGUGGCACUGUUCCAGUUCGACGAGAUCCAAGUGUUUUGAUGGGGCUGUUUUUCAAGUAUUGUAGGAACUAUUAUACAACCCCAUGUUCUACCAAGUGCUUUUUACAGUAACACUCAACCUUGCCAGUCCUCUAAAGUUAAGUGGCAUUGAGUUGUCGUGUUGCACUUAUCACUGUAUUAUGCGUUAGUGUCAGUGGAGCAAAAUGAAAGCCUUCUUGAGUAUGCCCUUAACUGAUUCCGCCUUUUGUGUUUUUCAGUUAGAAAAGGGACUCCCCAGCAGUAGCUCAAUCUGUGUACUAUGUACUGUACUCUGAGGUCUCUUAACCUUCCCCGUAGUGUACGUAUGUAUGCACAUUAAAUACAUUAUUAUACCCAUACCUGCAGACAUCUGCCAAUCCACUAUGUUCAAUAACUUUUUCGAUUUUGCUACAGUUAUGUCUUUAUUGUAGCAUAUCAGCGCAGAAAAUAACAUAUUUGAUCAGAGAUAAUCACAACCAGUUGAGUACAUACUACUGACGUUUCAAAUUCACAUUCUAUUUACAGUCUAGAGCUUUUGUAGGCAUUUAAGAUCAGAGUCCAUAGUAGAAGUCUCCUGAAGGUUCAUACAUGGGUGUCUGUGUAGAGAAAGGGUCUGUAUGCGGAAGUGUGUCACUAAGUAACUACUGAGUUCAAUAGAGCAUUGAUCAUCUAAUUGGUGUGUGCGUGCAUGCAUACAGAAAGGCUUCUGACCCCAUGGUUUCACUCUGGCCACUGGACAAUGAAAGGACAUAAUAUAUGUUUACCUAGUUAAUGUAUCACAAAUACAGCUGAAUAAUGACUUGUAGCCUUUCAUAGCUCAAUAGAGCUAAAUUUGGUGCCUGGUAGAAAUUGUCUCUAGAAAUAACUUUAGUAUGAAAUGAUCUUCUUUUUGAAUGGUCACAAUACACCAAAGAGAACAGUAGAAGUUUGAUACAUGCGUUGUCCCCCUUUCUCUGUUUAUUUACCCUCAUUCACAUGGUUACUCUUGAUUAUUCUCCUUGUGUUAAAGUGGAAUUAUCUUGCACAUAAUGUUCUAGGGCAGGGCUCUCCAACUCUGUUUCUGGAGAGCUAGCCUCCUGUAGGUU